AAACGGCAUGCUGAAGUACAACUAAAGCAUCAGGAGCUAGCUCCUUAAUGCAAUCUUCUGGCCAGGGCUUGCAAGACCAAUUUUUUUUUCCUGACGGGUGCCCUUUUUCAAAGGCUGUACUCGUAAGUGAAUAUGGUUUAAUGCUUUCUAAUGGCAACAUUCUGUCACGCUUUGGAAACUGUGAGGCGAAAUUUAAGGCGAACUGACAGAGAAAUGAAAAGGCGUUUAAAGCUUAUAGACAUGAGUUGCUGCCCUAAAAUCUGCGAUGUGCAGACUCACUGCCUCUGUGAUAUAAAUCUCCAUCCCCAAUGUUGCUGCCUUCUCCAUCCUUACCCCCAUUGCCUGUGUGACAUACUAUGUUGCCGUCCCUGUCGGCCGCUCUGCCUCUCAACCUUGGAGCGGAAAGCUAUUAGAGCUAAAAUAGAAGCUGAGCAAGAACUGGCCAGGAUUCGAAGAAGGGUUUGUAAAAUGAUGGCAGCAUGUAGUCGCCCAAAGCUUUUAGCUUUAAUGGAUGUUAAAGGUUUUGACCCAGAAGACAUUACAGUGAAAGUGCAAGAUGGGAAGGUUAAAGUUUGUGCUGAACAUGAAGAAGAAUUUAAGACUUGUAGAGGGAAGGAAUACAACUAUUCAACUGUCACCAAGGAGAUCUGUUUACCACCAGGAAUUUGUGAGAAUGAAGUAACAUACACCAUAGGACCGACCAGUCUUGUGAGGAUAGAAUCACCUUGCUGUGUGCCUCCUUGUUGUCUCCUUGGUCUUCUUUAAACAUUGGGCAACCAGCUCUGGUAGCUGUACAGUGCAAGGAUGGGACACACUGGGACCUCAUGAAAACGGCAUUUUUUCAGCAUUGCCCUUUGAUCAUGUGUUAGGAAAUGUGUAAACUUCUUCCAACAAUGACAGUGUUGCACAUCAA